AACACGUUGCAACGAAGCAACUAAAUUAUUUAGAUUACCUCCUUUGCCAGUCGAAGUUUACUGUAAACUCUGACAGAGAGAAUUUUGUGUUAUUUAACGUCUUUGAAAAAUGGCAUCUUAUCGAACGGACCGAUUUUCUGGGAUCAAAAGAGACUACUCACUCGACACAGUUCGUCGUUUGUCGGGGUCAGUAAAAAUCGAAUACACUCUGGCCAAGCUUGGUGCUGAAAAAUUGUGGAACUAUAUGACUGCUGGAGGAAGCGAGUAUAUAAAUGUGCUUGGUGCUUUAACGGGAAUGCAAGCAGUUCAAAUGGCCAAGGCGGGACUCAAAGGUAUCUAUCUAAGUGGUUGGCAGGUUGCAGCUGAUGCAAAUCUUGCAGGACAAACAUUUCCAGAUCAAAGUCUGUAUCCCGCUAAUUCUGCACCGCGACUCGUGGAGAGAAUCAACAAUGCGUUUCAACGUGCAGAUCAGAUACAGCACAUGGAAGGUGGUCGUUCAAGAAUGGACUAUUUCCUACCCAUUGUGGCCGAUUGUGAGGCAGGAUUUGGUGGACCUUUAAAUGCUUUCGAGAUUGUCAAGAACAUGAUCAAAGCUGGAGCAGCGGGAGUUCACUUAGAAGAUCAGCUCGCUUCUGCCAAGAAAUGUGGUCACAUGGGAGGAAAAGUCCUGGUGCCUACCCAGCAGUUUGUUCAAUUGUUAAAUGCUGCAAGAUUAGCUGCCGACGUCAUGGGCGUGAGCACGGUUAUCAUUGGACGUACGGACGCUAACUCUGCUGGAUUAGUGACCUCCGAUGUUGAUCCCCGCGAUAGACCGUUCCUAACCGGAGAAAGAACACCUGAAGGAUUUUUUCGUAGUCGGGCGGGUUUGGAUCAAGCUAUUGCCCGUGCUUUAGCUUACGCACCAUAUUGUGACGUAUUAUGGUGCGAAACAGGCAAGCCAAAUAUCGAAGAAGCAAGAAGGUUUGCGAAAGCCGUUCAUGCCAAAUUUCCCGGCAAACCGCUGGCGUAUAACUGUUCUCCGUCGUUCAACUGGAAGGCGAACCUGAAUGAUCGUGAGAUAGCCAUGUUUCAGAAGGAACUCGGUCGACUUGGUUAUCGUUUUCAAUUUGUCACAUUAGCAGGCUUCCAUUCCCUAAACCACGCCAUGUUCAAACUGGCACGUGACUACAGGGACAACGGCAUGACGGCUUAUACGAAAGUACAAGAAGACGAAUUCAAUCAAGCGAAUUUUGGCUUUACCGCUCACAAACAUCAACGCGAAGUUGGCGUAUCUUAUUACGAUGCCAUUUCCUUGGCUGUUAGUGGAGGAAAUAGUUCUGUCACCGCUUUCAAAGGCUCCACGGAAGAUGAACAAUUUAAACAUAAACUAUAAACACACAGCCUCCGGCGUUUAAAGUGGCAAUGAAACAAAAUAUGAAGACAAUACCAAAGGCUUCGGUCUGAGGUCCGAUAAAUUUUCCAAAUUUUUAUUGUAUUAAAGGCUCUCAAGAAUGCAUUUUGGUUUUGAAAUAAUUUUGAUGAGGUGUUAUAAUGUAUUUAGUAUAUGUAUUGUUGUAAUGAUUAAGUAAAUUCUGUAUAAUUUUGCUUUUCA